AUGAGACGUGUCACCGAUGAUUCGUUCGGCUCGCUUGUCCAGGCGUUUCCAGUACACACCGUGACGGAGAGCAUCAAGAUACUCUCGAUCACGGAGCGAAGUUGUAGCCAUACUGCUCUUGAGGAGAAUAGUUGGUGGAAAGUUGAUUUAGGAGACAGUUAUUGGAUAACAGAAGUGGUCAUAACAAAUCGACAGGAUUGCUGUUCUGAGAGAAUUGAUGGAGCAGUGGUGACAAUUGGUGACAAUUUUGAUAUAAGCCAAAACAACCAGUGUGGUGAUCAAGUAGACUGGGAUGCAAACACAUAUAAUGUGAAGAUUCCAUUUGAAUGUCAUCUCAGAGGGCGAUAUGUUGGUGUAACACUGAGAGAUCACACCAACAGUUUACAACUGUGUGAAGUAGAAGUCUAUAGCGAUUAA